AGCACGGGCGGGCGAGUCAGAGCCGCGAACCUUUCUGCAUCCCCUUUCUUCUCCCCCGCCCGCCAGCCUGCGGCUUACCCCAGCCCAGCCCAGCCCAGCCCAGCCCAGAGCAGAGCCUAGCAGUGCAGCGAGGCACAGAGCAGCGCAUCGCAGCCCAGUCCAGCCCAGCGGAUCCCGAGCCGGCGCCUCGCAGUGCAUCCCAGCCCAGCCUCACCGCCCCUCGCCUAGCACCAUGGCCGAUGCUUUUGCCGGCACCUGGAAGCUGGUUGACAGCAAGAACUUCGAUGAUUACAUGAAGUCCAUUGGUGUUGGCUUUGCCACAAGACAAGUGGCCAGCAUGACCAAGCCCACCACCAUCAUCGAGGUCAGUGGGGACUCCAUCACCGUCAAGACUCAGAGCACUUUCAAGAACACCGAGAUCUCCUUCAAGCUGGGGGUAGAGUUUGAUGAGACGACAGCUGACGACAGGAAGGUCAAGUCUAUUGUAACACUGGAUGGAGGCAAACUUGUCCAUGUCCAGAAGUGGGAUGGGCAGGAGACAACACUGACUCGGGAGCUCAAAGAUGGAAAACUCAUUCUGACACUAACCCAUGGCAGUGUGGUCUGUGUUAGGACCUAUGAGAAGGAAACUGCUUGAACCCAGGCUACCUGUUCACUGUCACUCCGCCGAUGGCUACCUACCGCUGAACUCAACACCAGAUUGCCUCGUUUCUGCACCCCCCUCCCCUCCCCACCCCAAUGUUUUGUACCAAUCAAUUCUGGUCGAGGAACCCUCCAGAAAUGGAAAACAUGGUGCUGUCCUGGUCCUAGUUGAAGCCCAUUCUGUUGGAUUUUUUUAACGGCAUCUGACGGCUGGUCCAAAGCCAAUAAAGCAGAUUCCACAGUCGG